AUGCAAGAGAAAUGGCGUCAAAUGGAUCGACUGAACUCGUUGAAUGUAGUGAAUCGACAAAGACGAUUAGUCGAUGAUCUACUCGAUCCACAAUUCUAUGAAAAGACUGUUCAUCCUAGGAGAGAUCACACUCGAAACACAAGGGUCAACGUCAGUAUGAGUCUCUAUCAAAUUCUUGAUGUGGAUGAACACUCUCAAUCAAUUGUUGUCAAUGUUUGGAUGGUUCAGAAUUGGUAUGACGAGUUUUUGGAUUGGAAUCCGAACGAUUAUGGUGGUUUGAAUAAAACGAUUGUCCCGCAUUACAACAUUUGGAUACCAGAUACUUAUCUUUACAAUAGCGAAACGUUGGAGCAAAAGAAAACCGAGUCUUUAUCGCAUGCAAUUGUUGAAACGGGCUACUGGAGAAAUGACUCAAAAGGGGCGACCAUACAGCUCAUGUUUCCCGCCAUCUAUCGUCUCACAUGCAAGAUGGAUGUUCGUCUUUUUCCUUAUGAUGUGCAAAAUUGUACCUUCAUCAUCUCCUCAUGGACUCACGACAAUCGAACGAUUGACUAUUGGCCUACACUUAAAGAAGUGAAUCUGAAAAAUAUGGCACAAAACGAGGAGUGGUCGGUGAUAAGCUUCGAAUUUGAAAGAAUUGUGGUCACAUACCAAUGCUGUGAUAACUCAUGGGUGAUGCUUUAUGCCCAUUUAAUCAUUCGUCGCAAACCCUUGUACUAUAUUGUUAAUCUGGUGAUCCCAACUUCGAUCAUCACCCUUGUCGCUGUCACCGGCUUUUUCACGCCAACCUCGUCGUCGAGUGAAAGAGAUGAAAAGCUUUAUCUUGGAAUCAACACACUGCUAACGAUGUCAAUUAUGAUGCUAAUGGUUUGCAAUCAGAUGCCCUCUACAUCCACAUAUGUGCCUUUAAUGAGCUGGUACUAUAUGGGUAUAAUAUUUGUGAUUGUCAUUGGAACACUAAUGGCAACGAUUGUUCUUGCGAUUCAUGGUCAAAAACAUUACUUGCGACCGUUGUCGAGAAGAGUGCGCAAUCUUGUUCACAAUCGUGUUGUUUCAACAUUGAUUCUAGAACCACCGACCGGCCUGCUAGAGCUGUGGACGGAAUUCGGAAUCAUCGACGCCGAGCGUCUUCCCAUGGCUGAUAUGGAUCCACUACUCGCCGAACGACUCGAUCCCAUCUCGGAACUUCCUGGUCGAGCUCAUGUACUCUUUCAAUCGAUUUCAUCGGAAGUGAGUGAAGUACCGGGGCUGGAAUAUGAGCGACGAAUGGCAUCAAUAACUAGACAGUACACGAUUCACAUGAGACAAAAAGAGCGUGAAAGAGGCGUUUUUCGAGCCGGAGCCUCGGCCGCGAAUGCACGGCAAAUCAAAAGGCAGAAAAUGAUGAGAAGAUGCGCUCUCGAGUGGGAAUAUCUGGCGAACGUGCUCGACCGACUCUUGCUCACAUUUUUCUGUACUCUCACCAUUCUUUUCUUUGUUUUUCUCGUUUGGUUCGAGCAAUUCUUCAAACCGCACGGUCAUUACAACAUUGCUCAUCAA